GGCGGGACGUCGGUGUCAUGGCGAGCUCCAUCUGAACUCGGACAUCGGCGGGUCCCACGUCGGGCUGACUCAUCUUUCAAGAGGAUUUGAGACUAAUUGCAGAUAAUCAAGAUGCCUUCUGCAUCCUGUGAUACACUACUGGAUGACAUAGAAGAUAUUGUGUCUCAGCAAGAUUCAAAGCCACAAGAUAGGCAUUUUGCAAGAAAGCACAUUGUUCCAAAGGUGCGAAGGCGAAACACCCAAAAAUAUCUGCAAGAGGAAGACAGUCCACCAAGUGAUAGCACUAUUCCAGGCAUACAGAAAAUAUGGAUACGAACAUGGGGUUGUUCUCAUAAUAAUUCGGAUGGAGAAUAUAUGGCUGGACAACUAGCUGCUUAUGGAUAUAAAAUUACAGAAAAUGCAUCAGACGCAGAUUUAUGGCUCCUGAAUAGUUGUACCGUAAAAAACCCAGCUGAAGACCACUUUAGAAACUCAAUUAAAAGAGCUCAGGAGGAGAAAAGGAAGAUAGUGCUGGCUGGAUGUGUUCCUCAAGCCCAGCCUCGGCAGGACUACCUUCGAGGACUGAGUAUCAUAGGGGUUCAACAAAUAGAUCGUGUAGUAGAAGUUGUGGAGGAAACAAUUAAAGGCCACUCUGUGAGACUGCUGGGUCAGAGGAAGGAUAAUGGGAAACGGUUGGGGGGAGCACCGUUGGAUUUGCCGAAGAUUAGGAAGAAUCCACUGAUAGAAAUCAUUUCCAUCAAUACUGGGUGUCUCAAUGCUUGUACCUACUGCAAAACCAAACACGCCAGAGGGAACUUGGCCAGUUAUCCAAUUGAUGAACUAGUGGACAGAGCCAAACAGUCUUUUCAAGAGGGUGUUUGUGAGAUAUGGUUGACCAGUGAAGACACAGGGGCUUAUGGCAGAGAUAUUGGCACCGAUCUCCCCGCACUGCUGUGGAAACUGGUUGAAGUGAUUCCUGAGGGAGCGAUGCUGAGGCUUGGCAUGACAAAUCCGCCCUAUAUUUUAGAGCAUCUGGAG